AUGGCCGACGAUCAAGGAUCUGCUCGGAUCACUACUUCAGUAACACCCAAUGAUCCUACGCAUUUAUCCGACUCUCUAUCAAUAUCCAACGAUUCAUUUACCAUACCUUCAUUCAAUAUCGACAACAUUAAACUGGAAAAUGCUGAAGAUCCUAGAAAUUGGUCACCAGCGAGGAAAUGGAGUACAACUGCCAUCAUUUCAUUGAUGGGCUUCAUCUCUCCUCUUGGAUCUUCCGUCGUCGUUCCUGGCGCUCCUUUGAUGGACAGAUUCUUCUCUUUGCAUUCUCGUGAAUUAUCCCUCUUACCCGUCAGCUUUUUCGUUUUGGGAUUGGGAGUUGGGCCUUUUCUACUGGCGCCUGCAAGUGAAUUGAAAGGACGUCAUCCCAUCUUUCUUGUCUCGUGUUUCAUCUUUGUUCUAUUCAAUAUCGGAACAGCAUUUUCCUCCAACUAUGCUGCCUUGAACUUCUUGCGUUUCUUGGCUGGUGCUGCUGGAAGUACAGGUCCAAGUCUUGGCGCGGGAAGUAUCGGAGAUAUGUUCGCUCCCAAAGAGAGAGGAAGAGCUCAAUCUCUAUACGGAUUGGGACCAUUACUAGGACCGGUCUGUGGUGCAAUCGCAGGUGGAUGGCUUGUACAAUCGAUCAAUUCUUGGCGAUGGCUGUUGUGGUUUCUAACAAUCCUGUCUGCCGUUAUCGCAAUCAUUGUGACUUUAUUCCUUAAAGAAACUUUUGCACCUGUUCUUUUGCGCAAAAAGAUUCAAAGAUUAGCAAAGGAACAUCUCCGAUCGAUCGAAAACCUUCAGCCAACUGCCAUUCAACAUGUCGAUCAACUGGAACAACAUCGAAGAACACUUCUGAAGAGAUUCAUUGCAAUCUUUCUGCCCAGCCCGGAAUUGCGAAAACGCACACGUUUGGCAAUGUCAAGGCCAUUCCGCCUCUUGUUCGGAAAUCCAAUUUGUGCAAUCUUCAGUCUUUAUAUGGGUUUCAUUUAUGGAAUCAUCUUUUUAUUCCUCACUCAACAUCCACUUCUCUUUCAACGUCAUGAUCUAGAUGAAGAUCCCGCUUCGAGAAAUUUGCCAUCGUACGGCUUCAGUCCCGGUUUGGCAAGCUUGACGUAUUUAGGUUUAGGCCUGGGUUUCUUGGUGGCCGCUUCUGUCAAUGUCUUAUUGCAAGAUUCAAUUUAUGCACGUUUGGUACUGAACCGUGGUAGAAUUGGUUGGGUUUUGUUCAAAGACCGGGAAGAGAUUGUAAGACGAGCCCAAAGAAGACAAAUGGAGGAAGAAUCCAACGCGGAAAAGAAUGACGAACAUAGCACAAUAGACGUUGAGGGGCAACGACCCGCUUUGGUGGAAGGAAACUUCACUCAUGAUCAAUCAGCCACGAGCAACCAAACAGAUGGCCGACCAGAGUUUAGACUACCUCUAUGUUUGGUAGGAAUGAUUAUUCUACCCCUCGGACUUUUUGUUUUCGGAUGGACGGCAACCGCAAAGACACAUUUCAUGCUUCCUUUACUUGGAUCAUUUCUGGUUGGAGUUGGCAGUAUCCUUCCUUUUCAAGCUAUUUUGGUUUAUUUAGUGGAUGCUUUCAUCCCAUUCUCAGCUUCAGCAACUGCUUGUGCCGUUUUGGUACGAUGUAUUUUAGCAGCCGUCUUUCCUCUAUUCAGCGAAAAGAUGUUUGUAGCACUCGGAUUCGGUUGGGGAAGUACACUUUUGGCUCUGGUUAGUAUGUUAGCCAUUCCAGUUCCCAUUAUCCUUUUUUGGCGAGGGGAACAAUUACGUGAACGAUUCAAGUUCAAAGGAUAGCUUCAAUACCAAGUGCUAUCCUCUGCAACGAUGG